CCUUGUACCAUAGGAAAGAUAAACAACUUGUUUAUCAGAAAAGAUUAGAACAAUAAUAAAUUUUAAAAAAAUUACCUCAGAAUAAUUAUAUAUUUUAAACAUUCCACUUAUUUGUAAACUUUCCUUUGAUUGCUUACUUUUUUUAUACUACAAAACAAAUUAUACAUAAUGUCCCUAUCCCGGCCUGUUUACUCCUUAUUGGGGGUAUAUUUGGAACAAUUGUUCAAUCAUCCAGUUCGAACCAAAUCUAUAACGGCUUCUGCUUUAGCAGCUUCUGCCAAUUAUACUUCGCAGCGUUUGUCCGGCCAAAAGAAUGUUAAUCAAAAAAGCGUCAUAGCUUAUGGUAUAUUUGGAUUGCUUUUUGGUGGAAGUGUGCCUCACUAUUUCUAUCAAACAGUAGAGCGAUUAUUUCAUCAAGAUGUUAGAUUCAGAAAAUUUUUCCAAUUUAUUUCUGAACGUUUGAUCUAUGCACCAUUAUAUCAAGUUUUAUCGCUGUAUUUUCUCUCUAGAUUUGAAAUGAAUUCCCACCAAGUAGCAAUGUCAAAUCUGGAAAAACUUUAUUGGCCUUUGCUAAAGGCAAAUUGGCAAUACCUAUCGUUGGCUGUUUUUCUUAAUAUGUACUAUGUUCCUCCCAUGUUCCGUACUAUAACCAUGAGUUUGGUUUCAUUUAUAUGGGUUAUCUAUAUUGCGCAUAAACGUCGUCGUUUCCAAGAAAAGCAAGCCGGUGGCAGCAAAUCAAAAUAAAUGGACUUUUUGUUUAUCUUUGGUUGAUAUGUAUGUACGUAGAUAACAAACUGGUGUAUGUGAACAUUUUUUACAGACUGUCUGAAAAAUAUUUUGUUGUGCCUUAAUGGGUUAAACACGUAAUGUAUUUUUAAUAAAGUUUUUUUUUUAAAUAUAUUUAAAAAA